AUGACAACUCAUCUACAGGGCCGCUCCUCAUGGGGCCCCGAGACCAUCUCCCGCUGCCUCAGCAGCAUCAGCAGCUUUGGUCACAGCAACUCGAACGACAACAGUAGCAGCAGCAGCAGGAGGAGCAGCAAGCCUGAGCCGGAAGCUAUCGAACUACACGAGUGGAAAACCUCGACAUCAAGGAGGCCCUCCGUUUGCAACAGCGAGACUAGCACCAAGCAGAGACAAAAUGAAGCAGAUAAAUCUACUGCCCCUAGAGCGAACGCAUCACCGGCUUCCAGCCACGGUGGCGUUGUCCGGUGGCUUGGGCACAAGGGCAGCACCUUUUGGGGAUCCCUUUUUCUUCUGUUGCUGCUGGGCGUUUGCUCCCCAUUUGCAACAGAAGCCACAGCGCCAACUUCUCAAGAGCCAAUUCUGGAUCAAUACGUGUCAAAUCAAGAAUGGCAACACAGUAGGGACCGUUUUGACGGAUGGAAGGCUCCCCCACGCCGCCUCAACACCGUUGCCGCUUGGGCCGCCGAAGUCGAGUCUUCCUUGCGAAUAAGUCCGCAGCUCAGCCUCUACCUCGGGGUCUUCCUCACUCUAUCUGGCUCACUUCUUAUGGCUGGGGGCAGCACUUUGAUGAAGUUGGGCCUCAGUGUAGAAGAUGCGGACGCUCUCAGCGGACAAUCCUGCGACCAGCAAUGGGUUUGGGGUUUUGCUGGUGAGGCCCCUGCUCUUAUUCUUACUUCUAUGUUGCCCCACGCCCUUGUUAUUAUUUUUAUGCUGGGAAAUGUUGUUUUCGAUCCGCCACCACGGUGUCUGCACAUCGAGUCCAUGGUAACUUUAGCAACGUAUGUGCUCGGUGCUUGCAUGCACGUCGUCGCCUUGGGUUUCGCUCCCGCAAGUGUCUUGUCGCCCAUGAACUCCAUUGGUCUCAUAGCCAACGCGGUGGCCUCAGCUACAGUGUUAAAGGAGCCGUUUGGAUUCCAAGAGCUAUUGUUCACUGGAGGGUGCGCCUUCGGCGUCUUCCUUUGUGCGUGCGCCUCUGUGCUGCCUCGCACAGAGUUUGUCGAUUUGGGUACAGACUUAGACAGCCGGUAUGUGGGGCUAUACAGCUGGCACGACCCUUGGUAUUUGGCAUUCCUGGGGCUCUGCUGUGGUCUCGGAUUUGGAGCUCUCGUUUACCUAAACAGCGUUGAAUCUGCGCUGCUGGAAGAGAAGGAACAGCAGCUGCUCAGACAAACUGACAGAGACAUCGCAUUGCUCGCUCCCCGUGGUCCCUCCGAACAAGACUACACGCAAAAGGACGCGGGACCCUCAACCAUGCUGAGCCCCAGGAGCCAGACCAAGCAAUCUCUUUACCCUCGUUUAGUCGGUCUAUGCUAUGGGUUUCUGGCUGGCCUGGUCGGAUCUCAGUGCAUUUUAGAAGUGAAGGAGAUCGGUACUUGCGUGCGUUAUGGCCUCACCCAGAGCUCCAUCUGGUCUUCCCCGCAGCCGUACUUGGUCUGCUGUUUCCUGGGCCUUUCCGUUUGGAUGCAGAUUCACUUUUUGAACUUGGGACUGGCCCGGGGAGACGCGACAACUAUCGUUCCGACGUACUACGUCGUAUGGACCUUCUUUGGAACUCUUGGUGGGUUUGCAAAAUUCCACGAGGUGCAGGGAUUUAGUGCAAGCGCCCUCAUUCUCUUUGGACUUGGAUUCGGGCUCACGGCGAUGUGCAUUAUUCUUCUAGCAGUGGAAGAGAUGAGGAACUUACGCAAGUAUGUCGACCAGCAGGUCCCAGGGAUCGACGAUGAAGAGGCAGAUCUGGUAAGAAAACUCUCAUGCGACAACUCGAGUGCUGACUACUUUGCCGAUUUUUCGCAUAAAAAUAAGCAGUUUAGGGGGCGUCCAGCCCCUGGUAGCCCUCUCCUGCCGGAUGACUCAUCUGCUCCUUGGUAUACCAAGGAACUAAAAAGCAAGUGCCAAAUUUUCACUGCUCUCCAGGCAUUCCUUCUUGAGCAGGAAAUUUGUUCGUGCGUGAGCUUGUUUGUUGUGUACAAAUGUCCGCCCCAGGCUGCUCAAGACCUUGUGGAGCAACGGCUUUCGAAAAGGGUCACCUUCGCCAUGGGAAUGUUCCCAAUUUCAUCUUUGGGGCGAACCGCAGGGCGGCGGCGCUUUCGCCCUGUAUACCAAAGGUUCAGGCGAACCCGCUCUACGGCAUCCGACACUGCUUUGGGGGAUGCUUACGGGGAGCUUACCUUGGGAAGCACGUCUGUUGCAGGCGCUUACACAUUGCCUCCCAACCUCCACUUCCCUCGGCGUAGCGCGGAUGUAAGUCGCGCGCAACAUGUCGGGUUAGUUGGGCAAACGAGGCAUGGGACAGUAGAUUUGAACAAAAGACUGCCACAGUGCACACAGCGCACACAAAGGCAGUGGAUCCUUCCUUCAUGA